AGUCCUCUGAGGAUAUUACUUCUUUGGCAGACGGAUCAUCUUCAUCGCACUUUAACAAGUCUUGUCCUCGUGACGUCGAAAUUGAUGUAAGCGGACGACGCGUUUGUGGAGCAGCUAAUUAGCUACAACAACGUCCACCUGGAGGUGCCCCUCUUGCGUUGCUGCAGAUCGAGGAUUUGACUCGGAGCACAAGAACUACAACAAGUUGUACAAGAAGCAGCAUAUGGC